GUGGUGGGGUUGUUGUGUGGAUCGGCAAGAAUUUGGGAUUCUCCAGGAACAGCGGUGGGGUUUUGGGGUGGAUUUGGGGAUCUCAAAAGAUGUUAAGGUAUUGGAGGGGGAAUAUGGAAGGAUUAUGGGGUUAGAGAUGAAUUUCUAAGGACUUAGUGGGAUUGGGAAGGAAUUUGUGGUGCACCAGUGAGAAAUUGAGAGUGUUUUGAUUUGGGGAUUUGGGAAAUGUACAGGAUGAACAGAGCUUCCGAUAGCCCCAAGCAGGAAAUGUGGCAUCUCUCCCCCACAGUGCACAGUAACAAUGAGGCACCUGCAUGGGGCGUCAACGGGAUCCCCCAACACCCAUCUUGAUGUAGAUAACGGGGACUUGGGGGUAACAGCUUGAUGUAGGUCAGACUCUCACUAUGACUGGAGGGCACCUGGGGAACAAAAGGAAGAACGGGGUGCCACCAUGGGGAUCCUUAAUCUGGUAGAGAGGGGGACACAUAUGGUGUAAGAAUUUUAGGGUGUGUCCAAGAAAGUGAGUCCAGGGGUUUUGGUGUAUGUAUAUUUGGGACCCUCUGGGUUCAGAAAAUGAGGAUCCCCAUGGGUGGUGUUUGAGGGUCCCUUAGUUUGGAAGUGUUCAAGGUGUAGGGUUUGAAGGACUGUGGGUAGCAGAGAUUGGUUUUCUCAUGGAUCAGAAAUUGGGGAUCUCUACAGAUGCAGGUUGGAGUUCUCGUUGCUAGGUUCGGUGUGUCCAUGCAGUCUUUGGAGUGAAGAUUUGCAUUUGUGGGGUUCCAAUGAUGCAGAUUGUGGGUUCCAUACAUCUCGUUUCUUAUUGUGAGUUGCACAUAAUAUUAGGGUAAGCCGUAUGGGCAGGGAGUCUUUUGGGGUCCACAUGGGCAGGUAUUAAGGUUCUCUGGUAGGAUAUGAGAAGGCCCGGCAGGGCAGGUUGGGAUGGAGGCUCCCCUGACCCAGACACGGACCUGGAACUGCAUGGCCUUGGGCAUUUGGGGAUGGGCACUUACAUCAACAAAGGGAGUGGAGCUGGAUGGGGGGUUCUGGGGUGCCCCAAGGUACAUGGAGCAGGGAUGAAUAGUAGAAGUAGUGGAGGCAAGGGAGAGUUCUGGGGAUGUAUACAGGAUACAAGAAAAGGUGGGGAAACUAGAGGGGACGCAGAUGGGAUGAAAGCUGCCACCAGACACCAACCUGCAAGGGACACGGUCCUGGUCCCACACAGGGACCAAGAAAGUGUCACUGCUCUGUGUGUGUCAACCCAUUGGGGACCCACAGCACCACCACUUCCUGGGCACCACAAAUAACAUUUGAGGAGGUGACAUCACAGCAUCCUGUUCACAAGAGGAUCUGUCAGCAGCUCUCCUGCCUCUUCCUGUGCCCACUGCAGUCUCGCUGUCCCCAGGCUGCUCCUGCUUCACGGCAACAAUGGCGCUGGGCCUCAUCCUGGGUUGGUGUCUGGUGACAGCCAGCAGGGCACAGCACCUGCCCCGACCCUCCCUGUCACUGCACCCCAGCCAGGGAGUGUCCCUGGGGGACACUGUCACCCUGCGCUGCCACCUGCCCCGGCCAGCUGCCCGGGUCUGUGUGUACCAGCACAAACAUUUGAGAUUCCUCAAGAACAUGCACAAGGAGGAGGACACAGCUGAGUACUCCUUGGUUAAAGUAAGGCAGGAAGAUGCAAUGAAGUAUCAGUGCCAGUACCGAGGGCUGGCUCCACCAGGGACAUCAGAGAAGAGUGACUCCGUGGCACUGGUGGUGACAGAUUCCAGCUACUCCCCACCUGGCAUUUCCCUGAGCCCUGAGGAACAUGUGCAGAUGGGGGCCAAUGUCACCAUCUACUGCUGGAACCAGGGUUUGCACGGCACCAUCUUCCUGCACAAGGAUGGGCAAUCAGCCCCCAUCCAGCACCAGGACCACAGUGCUGGGAGCACGGCCACCUUCAAGCUCUUUAGAGUGACCCCAGCCAAUUCCGGCACCUACAGCUGCUCCUACCGCCCUGGGGGCUCCUACUUUCUGUUCUCUCCCCUGGGGAACAACGUGGGGCUGGAGGUGGCACCCCCAG